UUAACCAUUUAGAAAUUAGGUGGAUUUAACCUCCUGGGGGAGCAGAUUGUAAUACACCUCAUGGAACGAGGUCUGAACGGCAGUUAGAAAGAUUAAAAGUGGAGGAUAAACGUGGAAUAAAAGAGCAGAUUGAGAAAGGGAAAUAGAGUUCAGGGUGAGGGGAAGGGCGAGGAGAAGAGAGAGGGAUGGAGGAAAACAGAUGAUGAGAGAAAGGAGGAGGAGGAGGAGCAGAGAGGAGGCAGGCACUCGCAGGAGGAAUCAGCAGCAACAGCAGCAGGACAAUGGAUUGUUUCUACCGCGGAUCCUAACGGGCACCGGGCUGCUUCAACCAACUGGAAUAUAAGGAGGUGAAAAUCAAAGAGCUCCAGGAUGCAGCCGCCUCUGUCCUUGCAAGCCUGUUCUUCACCUGGGGGCAUUUGACUUUCCAAACAUGAUGAAGACUGAGCCCCCAUCGGCCACAGGGAGCAAUGGGGCUUCCGGCGGGAGCAACGGGAGCUCCAAUUUACGGAGUCCAUCUCCCCACCGCAACGCUUACGAAGCGGGAUUGGCGGCACUGAAAAAGGCCACUGACCAUCUCAACAACGCUCCGAACGGAGGCUCCGACCCCUCUGGAAAACCCCCUCUCCUGCCCCGCCCGACUGGAAGGGGCCGGAGAUAUGGAUCGAAUGUUCACCGCAUCAAGAACAUGUUCAUGCAGAUGCAGUCUCCUGGCGAUGAGGAGGACGGAGCCAAAACGAUAGGUAAAGAUGAGGCACUAAAACUCUCCAUUCCUAGAGCCUCUAGCCUCAAUGAACAUGUCGACCACAGCGCCCUGUUGAAAAUGGGGGGUACGGUCUCAGAGAGGGUCAACCGCUUUGACUCUAAGACUGGUGGUGACGGCGGGGGCUCUUCUAUGGGUCUCACCAAGCUUCAAGAGACCAGGAAGAUCUUUGAACAGCGGACUCUUCAGGAGAAGCAAGCUGCUACAAAUCGCAUCUUGCUGACGAAGGAGCGUGCGUCUGGCUUCCAGGACAGCCGUCUAGAUGUCGUGGCUCGUUUUAACGGCUCCACCGAAGCUCUGGACCGACUGGACGAUCUCCCUGCUUCCACUCCUGCCGCCGUUCCCUCUGCUGCAGCCUCGGUCGGACCCGGGGAGGCCGUCAGCCCCACUGUGAGCCAACUCAGCGCCGUGUUUGAGAAGAGUGACCUGAAAAACAACGUCUACCUCCCCCCACGUCGGUCAGCCCCUGCUUUGGCCCCAAAACCCAAACCUCCUGCUAGAGAGGAUGUGGCUGAGAGGAAGACGAAGGUGCUCCCUGCAGGUAAGGAGGUCAAGGAGGAGACAGAUGGAGGAGACAGUGGGGACCUGGCUGCAGACCUACCAGAAGCAGCAGGUUCUCUGCAGAGGAGCAAAGGUGAAGAGAAAGAUGGACUAGGACUUUUAGGAGAACAGCUCUCCAAUUCAUCUUCCUCAUCAUCCUCAGUGACUGUCACCUCAUCGUCAUCGUCUGAGGCUAAACCAGAACCAGGUGCACAGCCAGUGGCGACCGGAGCGAGGGGCUCUAGCGUCCAUGAGCUGGAGCUCCAGGCCGAAGAGCAGGACGGCUCAGCCGGGGCAUCUGAGACUGAAGGCAGGUUAGCUCAGACGGACGCCCACACUUUACUGGAAAACGGAGAGAAAGAGCCUCCAUCGUCUUCCCCGUCCUCAGACGAGAAGGGAGCUGACGAUGAGUGGAGGGGCAAGGAAGAGGAGGAUAAUGAUGAGGAUGGCUCCAGGCGGGAGGAUUACUCGGAGGGAGAUCUGGUAGAUAUCAGUGCGUACAGCGGGCUCGGGGAGGACGACUCCGGGGGAAGCCAGCUGGAAGAUGAUGACGAUGAGGAAGAGGAGGAAGAUGAGGAGGCGUAUCAGCCGGAGAGCAGUUGUACAGAAAUUCCAGGCCUUCCUGAGGAAGAGGAGCCUCCCCCACCUAGUAGGAAGAUUCGUUUCAGCACUGAACCCAUCAAGGUUUUUACAACCUACUGUAACGAAGACUACGAUCGGCGCAACGAUGACGUCGACCCCAUGGCGGCAUCGGCCGAGUACGAGCUGGAGAAGAGGGUGGAGAAGCUGGACCUAUUUCCCGUGGAGCUGGAGAAAGACAGCGACGGCCUGGGAAUCAGCAUCAUCGGCAUGGGAGCAGGAGCUGAUAUGGGCCUGGAGAAACUGGGAAUCUUUGUUAAGACGGUGACUGAGGGUGGAGCCGCCCAGAGAGACGGCAGGAUCCAGGUGAAUGAUUUGAUAGUGGAGGUGGAUGGGACCAGCCUGGUCGGUGUAACUCAGAGCUUUGCUGCCUCGGUCCUCCGCAACACCUCAGGCGCAGUCAGGUUUGUGAUUGGUCGGGAGAAGCCGGGGGAGCAGAGUGAAGUGGCUCAGCUGAUCCAGCAGACUCUGGAGCAGGAGAGAUGGCAGAGAGAGAUGAUGGAGCAGAGGUACAAGCAGUACAUGGACGAGGAUGAGGAGACUGGUGAAUAUGCAACCGAUGAAGAGGAGGAGAUGAGCCCAAUGUUUCCAAACUCCAUCGAGGUUUUUGACCUUGCAGAGAACCAGGACAUGUUGUCCCCUGUGGAACUGGACCCUGAGAAACUGGCCCACAAAUACAAGGAGCUCCAGAUCAAACAUGCUGUAACCCAGGCAGAGAUCCAGCUACUGAAGAGGAAGCUUGCUCAUGCUGAGCAGGAUAAGCUGCGUUGGCGGAUGGAGCGUGCUCAGUUGGAGCAAAACAUCCGAGACAGCAAAGAGAGGAUGGAGAAACUUGAGGGCUACUGGAUGGAGGCACAGUCCCUGUGUAAGGCCGUGGAUGAACACCUGAAGGAAACCCAGGCUCAGUACCAAACCCUAGAGAGGAAAUACAGCAAAGCCAAGAGAAUGAUUAAAGAAUACCAGCAAAAGGAGAUCGAGUUUUUGAAGAAAGAGACGGCUCAGCGUCGUGUACAAGAGGAGAGCGAGGCGACGCACAAAGAGGAGACGGACAACCUGCAGGAGAAGAUUACAGACUUGGAGACCAAAGUGGAUGCCUUGAAGACCCCCAAACCAUCCUAGACUGCUGCUACUUCCUACCUCCUGUGUGUUACUCGAAGAGGAGGAGCGCCGCCUUCAUUUCGACCAGGGCUGUAUUAUAUUCCUAUCAACCAUUCACUGCACGGACAGAUAGCGGAGGGGAAAAAGAAUAACAUGACAGCUGUAAAAAACAAAACAAACAAAAAAAGGAGCCGAGGAGGGUGGCAUUCGAAGACGAAAGCCAGUGGUUUAAGUCCUCUACCAGUAAAUGACCAGUCCCGGGAUGAUCUGUCUGCAAUAUCCAGAAUCCUCCUUGUGUGUCUUCCUGUCAACCAGCUUGGCAAUCAACAUAGUAAUCACAAUCAAAAACAGUUUUUUUUCCUCUCCUCAUCAAUAGUAUUUUACCAGGCUCGAUCUCUGAUUCAAAUUUAUUUCACAAAAAGCGCUUUUAAUAACCAGGCUUGUCACAAAGUGCUUUAUAGACUGACUGAGGGCAUGAAUGCAGAGUAAAAUAGAACAAACCUAGAAAGGACCAAUUAUUGUUGUUCUUUUUUAAUGCAGGGGUCUCUGAACAAUGUUUCUGUUUUUUUUAUUUUCUUUUUUUCAUUUUUCUUUUUGGGGUGGGGGGGAUCCUGAUGAAGAGGACCAGUUUUUUGUUCUAUUGUAUUGAUCUUACGGAUGGUCGCCUCAUUUGUAGCGACUGCGCGGAGAAAGAAGAGGAACCUUUGACAGCAACACCCAACAAACUUGGAAAAGGAAAACAGCCACCACUCGACAGAUAGUUCAGUAAUAAAAACUAUGAAACAAAGAUGACAAAUUCCUGAUCUAAAACUGUGAAACUGCAGAGAGCCCCCAGAAACCCCAGACUGUGGUUUCACUUGUCCAGCCUAAGUCUUCAAGCGGUGGAAGGAAUCAGGCAGAGACGUGCUUUUUCAGGUCUGAACUGGUGAGGCGCAACGUUUGUAUAUACAGUACUUUCUACGUUUAUUUAAAACUGUUUAAGUGGCUGGAACAGUUUAGUGGAUCCUAUCUGAAAAUAAGGCAGUGCAGUGACGCCUCAUUGUGGAGGGAAUGGUUCAGUAUUCCUCAGUCUGUUUCAUCUCUUUUCUAUCUACAUCAAUGGCAAACAGGGUGUGAAUAGUCUAUUCUGUGCUUAUAAAGCUUCAAAUGGUAUAUAUUGGUGUUUACUACAGUAUCUGUGGGUUUACAUGCACAUCAACCUCCAGCUAGUCAUCCUGUUAAUGUAAUUUAAUCUUAAGCUGGUGCAAGGAUAGACUGCUUUCAGGUUUUAGAAAUGUGUUAUCUUAAAUUGAGCAUGUUUGAAUGCCCAGCUAGAGUUUUAUUAGUAAGCAAAGAACAUUCAGUUGAUUUCUACAUUUAGAAGCAUCUCUUAGAGACUUUCUAAAUAAAAAAAAAUAUAUAUAUAAUUGGUUGAGCAUGUCCAAAAGGGUGCUUGGAUCUAGUUUUAAAGAAUCAUAAUUAUAUAUAAAACUAUUUGUUAAAAAUUGAAAACAAUACCAAAAAAAUGCAAAAGAGAAGCAGUAAUAAAUCAGUUUUCAUAACAAACUGUAUGAUUAAGUGUAUUGUUAAUUAGCAAUUGAUGCUCUGUAUAACUAUGAGGAAAAGAUUGGUGGGUCAAUAUAACAUUUCCCCCCAGUUGCCUUAACUUUUAUAUGCAGUUAAUGCAACUUAAAAUGUGGCCCCUUGCUGAACGUUUAAUGCCAAAAACAUGCAUUUCCGUUUUUAUUUUAGUAUACUAAAAUUUAUCAAAUGGAAAACAACCUAGUCUUUUUGGCCUGACUUAAAUAUGUAAUUAUGAAAGCAAAAGGUAAUAAGUGUUUGAAUUUCUUAUUUAAAUUUAUUACCUUUUUGAAGUUUUGAAGUGGAUUUGUGCGUACUUAUAAGUAGUUGUCUCACAUGCAGUAGACACCAGUCACUGCAUUCUUAAUGUGGAGAACCAGGUCUAAAAAUCUAAAUAUAGCAUUUUUGUUUAAGCAGCUACAAAUUUACAAGGUUUGAGUUGUUGUACAUUGAGAAAAUUCACUAUUUUCUUUCUCAUGUUUUUAGUAUCUGCUAGCUUGACUCCCUCAUCAGAAUUCCUUUCUUCUCCAAACGGAGAGUACUCUGACUUCUGUCUUUUGCUUAGCCUACUAAUAAGCAUCACAGCCCCAUUAAAAAAAGAAAAGAAGAAAAAACCAGAAAAACUCCCUCUAAACAGAUGUAUUUCACUUCUCUUAAUACUCUUAAUAACUGGAGUUAGCUUGUUAGCUACACAACCCAAUUAGAAAAUAAAGAAAUAUCCCUUUAAACAAAUUAAUUUUACUUCUCAUUUUGUAUUUAAUACCUCGUAUACUAGUUAGCAGUAAUGAGACUUUUCAACUUAAAAUAACUGACUGCUAACAGCUAAAUGUUCACACAACCCCAUUAAAGGAAAAAAAAGAAAUAUUCCUUAAAAAAAUUAUUUUACUCUUCAUUUUAUUUUUAAUACCUUGUAUACUCAGUAGUGGUAUUGGGACUUGCCAACUUAAAAUAACUGACUGCUAACGGCUAACUGUGGUUAGCUUGUUAGCCUGUAGAUUUACACAACUCCAUUAAAAUGUUAAAUAAGAAAAAAAUAAUAUU